AUGGAGGACUGCAAAUCAACAUCAUCACCCUUGGAUCCUGGAACAAAGUUAAAGAAACUUGACGAGUCAUUGAAACAAGAAAAAAAAUAUCCUUUCAGAGAGCUCAUAGGAAGUCUCAUGUAUCUAGCUGUGGCUACGCGAUCAGAUUUAGUGUAUGCAGUGAAUCAUCUUAAUCAAUUUAAUAAUUCACACGGAACGGAACAUUGGUUGGCAGCCAAAAGAAUCCAUCGAUAUCUUCGUGGGACUUCAGAUUUGGGAUUGAAGUACCAAAAAACUUCAAAAGGUUUGGAAGGAUUUGUCGACGCUGAUUGGGGUGGGUGUUUGGAUGACCGAAGAUCGUAUACUGGAUUCGUCUUCGUGCUCGCUGGUGGUGCCGUCAGUUGGCAAGCUAAAAAGCAAUGA